AUGCGCUUUGACUUGACAAAUUUGCUGGUGAAAUCACAACGACGUUCCGAAUUGGUUCCGAAAAAGAAUUGCAUUUUAAUGAAGCUUAACAAUCCGAAGGCUACGGCAAUGCUAUUUGCUAACGGCAAACUUGUCUGUACGGGCGCAGAGACGGAGGAAGGUAUAAAAAACGUAGCUCGAAGGUUCACUCUUGUGAUACAGAAAAUGGAUUUUCCUGGAGUGAAUCUUAUUGAUUUUAAGAUACAAAACGUUGUGGGCACAUGUGACGUUGGUUUUCGAGUACUUGUGGAGUCGCUCGCUCUUGCACAUAGUGAACACUGCACGUAUGAACCAGAGCUAUAUCCAGCUUUAAUUUACCGCUUAGAGAAACCAUCUGUGAAGAUUCUUGUGUUUGUUAGCGGAAAGGUGGUUUUUACGGACUCGAAGGAGCCAGGAGAGCUCUACACUGCUUGUGAGGUUAUUUUUCCGAUUCUCUCGCAGUAUAAGGAUUUGAAAGUAGAACGAGAUCUUGAUCCUUGA